AUUUACAUGAACAAAAAUAAAAAGAGUAUGAAAGACGUAAUAAUUGAUAAAAUUAUAACAAAAAUCUUAAUAUGGACACCAAGAACUCAAUAUGCUUCGCUCGCACCUCUGAUUACAAUCAAUGAAAUAUUUAGUUUACGUAUAUUUGAAUCAAAAGGCAAUUUACGAUAUAGCUGUAGUAUAAUAUACGCCGGUAUAAGCAUCAUUCUAUGUAUUAUUUAUCUUUACACAGCAUUGAGAAGGAAUUACGAAGAUUGGCCUGCAUAUGCAGAAAUCACUUUUAAAUUUUUUUUAUUUAUUAUUGUCAUAGUUGUUAUGAUUUUUAUAAUUCUUGGAAUGAUGAAUACAAAACAUUCAAGAAUAAUUAUUGCGAAAUGUGAAGAAAUAGACAAUACUUUAGAAUCAUUCGGUAUUGAAAAAAAUUAUAGGAAAACUUUUCUUUUUGUCACACAAUCAUUAAUUAUAUGGAGCACAACGAUGUCAAGCCUUUGCUUAUUAAAUAUAUAUUGGUUCACAUAUGAAAAUGCAUAA